ACUACUCAAUUGACAUCCUGAGUCUCCUGAGUAUCCCUGGCUUGCGCACCGGGCGUGCCAUGAAACAAGGAGGCGGCCAUCGAGUCGUCGCAGAUGCAGACGCCCGAGGAGGAUGUGUUGUCUGCAUAUGCUGUAUAGCCGUCCAUAUGUGUCGUCGUCCAGAGCAAUGCACGGCACGAUAGCAGACGGCGUGGUUGUCCUGUACGGUGGUUCAUCAAUGGUGGAAGGUUCCCGACAAAGAGAUCGGCGCUGAACCGGAUGUCUGACAUUGUGAAACUCACCGGGGAGUCGCUGCAGCAGAAGCCGGUAUUGUCGGGCUGUCCCGCCUCCUGCCGCAGUUCAUCCCCUUUCGUGCCUUGCUGCAGAAGUGCCAGCUGUCCAAUUCAUAAAGCGCUUGCUGCGCCCGCCCAAUUUUGACUCACCCAAUUCCACCAUACGUGUCCACUCCACCCCAAUGUAGGCUGCCAUCGCAGCUAAGUCCAUCCAACAUGGACGUUCUCUCCGCAUCUUCUCUUUCACUCCACAACGACCUCUCUCUCAACAACAUCAUGUCAUCACCCGACUCCUCCUCCACCUACCUCAAAAUGGAAGACCUUCACACCACACACUCCACAUCACCAGCGCCUUCGGCAUUCGACGACUCUCUCUCCACAUCACAGUCUUCACCGGCACCCGUCGUCGUUCAUUCACGGCAGGCCAAGAAGCGGAAAUCAUGGGGACAGGAACUACCCGAGCCAAAGACGAGUCUACCACCGCGCAAGCGCGCAAAGACCGACGACGAGAAGGAGCAGCGCCGCAUCGAACGCAUCAAGCGAAAUCGCGCGGCUGCGCACAACUCGAGGGAGCGGAAACGACAAGAGACCGAGACACUCGCCGUGGCACUUGCACGUGCGAAUGCGGAACUACAAGCAUACAAGAAGUUGCAUGGACCUCUGCCGAGCAACAUUGUCCUCCCGGAGAUUCAAGUCCGGAAUGAGAGCCCGGAAGCACAAACACCUGUCCCAUCACUGGUCGACGACAACUCAUAUCCGAGUCCAGCGUCACCCGAUGACAGCAUCUUCCACCCAACCACAUCCAUCAAACAAGAACCUCUCGACCACCCCACUUUCUCACUCAACUCCCUCCCACCAGCCUUUGACACCCUCGACGCCAAACCGUCAUCGUCGUCUCUGCUCUUGCCGCUCGACCCGACACAACAUUCUGCAGCAAUGUUGUGCGACCUGCAGUGUCGGUCCAGCCUCAAGAGCAGCAGCACGACCACGACGACAAACUCGCCGCCUCCCUCCUGGUGGACGCAGCUCUUUCUCCACCUUCUGACUGGUCAAAUUCUGACCUGCUACCGAAUCCUUAUGGUGGCCCUCUGGACAAUUUCGCCUUCGCGGAUGGCGCGCUUGAUGGCAGCUUCAACGCUCCGCUCAACUUCUCGUUCGACGAUCUCAUCGACGACGCCGCUUCUUUUGCGGUCGACGCGCAGGCGUCUGGCGCUGUGUAAUACGGCGACGGGCCUGCGCGCACCGCGAGAGGGUGCUCUCACUGCACUUCAGCGACGGUCGCUUGGGAGAGAUCGACGAGUGGCGAGGUGUGAGCGAAGUGGGAGGCAGGUUCAAGUCAGUCGGACAACACGGGCGGUGUUCUUGGGGUCAUCGGAGGAUCAAGGCGUUGGGGAUGAUGGUAACGAACAGCAUGGCGUUGGUCAUGGUGGUGAUACUACUUGACGGAUGGGGUGUUUGGGUAUAGGCAUAGACUUGUACCAUCAUCUUGAUGUUGCUUCAGUAGAGAUCCAAAUCAAAAGUUGAAUACUCUCUG